AUGAUGGCCGAGCCGGAUCCGCUGGAAGAAAUGCUCCAGUACUUCACCGAUAGCGACAAAGAAGAUAUCCCAAUCAAUACCCGAGGACCAAGCAUAGAUCAAAGACGAUACAAAGGGCAGCUCAAGUUGCAGUCGGAUUAUCUUUCUGGCACUGCAACUUACACCGACCGCGAAUUCCGGAGAAGAUUUAGAAUCACAAAAACCAUCUUCAGCAGGAUCAGUAACGACUUGGUUAAUCAUGAUAAUUAUUUUUUGCAGAAACGGGACUGCUGUGGUGUUUUGGGUCUCAGUACCAAACAGAAAGUAACGGCUGCUUUGCGGAUUCUUGCUUACGGAGUCCAUUUCAAAUACGAGUAUGUCUCCUCCUCCCACCCCUCUUCUCGAGGCCUGCUCAUUCUCGCCUCCUCUGAUAAGAUGCUUGUGUGUCUGACCACCAGAGCCAAGUCGCCGUCUGAUACGCUCUGGCAAGCCUGGCGGAAAGCCUGCGGGAACAUCACUGAAGUCCACCGUCAACCGCACCAUCACCCGGCCCUCAGUCCAGCUCUUCCUCCUCAUCAAAUUCAAUGUCCUCGGAAUGUUCAGCACCAGAUAUGA